GUUUGGUUCAUUGCCUAAGCUAUGGAAAGGGCAGUUCAGUAACGCAAUCUCUACUAGGGAAAAAAAUUGAACUGAAUCACAAAUCGUUGAAUUCCGAAGAACUGUCGGCGAGAUACGAACGAUUCCGAUCAUCGGAAAAUGGCCGGAAGAUUGAGUAAUGUAGCUACUCGCAUAAUGGGCGGAAACGGUGUUGUUGCCCGCUCCCUCGCAUCCUCUCUUCGAACACGCGCCGGCAUGGGCCUUCCCGUCGGCAAACAUAUCGUACCUGAUAAGCCGCUUCAUGUGAAUGAUGAACUUACAUGGGACAACGGUACUCCUUUUCCCGAGCCUUGUAUCGAUCGGAUAGCUGAUACCGUUGGAAAGUAUGAAGCAUUGGCUUGGUUGUGCGGUGGGUUGAGUUGUUUUGUGGGGAUUGGACUGUUAGCUGUUUGGAAUGAUAAAGCCUCCAAAAUCCCAUUUACACCAAAGGUCUAUCCAUAUGACAACUUAAGAGUGGAGCUCGGAGGAGAACCUUGAGCUUGAAUCUAGUUGCAGUUUGAAUCCACAAAUGUGUUUCCUGCUUUUCUUCUAAUGUAUAAUCAACUAUAAGGCUUGAAACAGCGCAAAAUAAAUCUUGGUUCGACGCUGCAACCAACAAACUUACAUUACUUUGCUUUUGUCGCUUUUCUGCUGAAUCUUUUCAUAUUUGAGAGUUUGAUUUGGGUUAGUCAUAUACUAUAAGGUUAGUAGAUUGACUGUCUUUUUGAGAUCAAACAAUUAUUUCUGAAAUUGUUGCUUUUCCAUGGUUAUUACGAUGAAAUCUUUUCUUCA